UAGAAGAGCGUAUAACCCGCCUCCUGAUAGCAGGGCUCCGCGGUCAUAGUAAAGGACGCUAAACUAUCUUUAGUUGGAGGGCAGUAGUCACUGUGGAGGUGAUUGUAAUACUGUCCCUGCAAUCUAUUAUGUACAUCUGAGAGAUUCAUACAAACUGGAAAAUAUUCCGAAUAUAAAAAGGGACUGAGAGGUCAAAUUUCACUGGUGCAUAGACAAGAUGGGGGCUCAUCUGGCCCGAACGUAUAUUACGGAAAGGGAUACCGAACCGGACCCUUUAAAACCCUCCAGUUUCGACCCACAGUUUGGAUUUGGCGAAAGAAAAGAGAGAGAGAUGGUGGCCACGCAGGAGCAGAUGAAGCUGGCCCAGCUGCCUCUCGUCCAGCGUGAUUACUGUGCUCACCACCUCAUAAAGCUCAUGAAGUGCAAGAGGGACAACUGGCCCAACUUCCUGGCCUGCCAGCAUGAACGGCACGACUGGGACUACUGCGAGCAUCAAGACUACGUGAUGCGGAUGAAGGAGUACGAACGAGAGCGCAGGCUGCUGAAGAGGAAGAAGAGGCUGGAGGAGGCUCAGGUCGCGUGACCCUUCCCAGGCCUCAUCGCCACACCUCUACACAUUUAAAUAAAGUCUUCAUUUCCACCA